GAGACAAAACAAAUUAAUUUCGGUAUUUCUUGUUCUUAAAACAGAUUAGCCACGUCUCUAGUAGGAAGCAAAGAUAUUGGAUAGCGUGUCGGGCUCCCGGAAGUGACGUACUCCCCUGAACGCCCUACGUUUUCUCAGCUGAUCACUCUUCCCUAGAAUUUGAUUUGCGCGGCUUAAUCUGGAUUUCCUGGAAGCAUGAUGGCCGCUUUCUCCAUGGAGCCUAUGGGUGCUGAACCAAUGUCACUUGGAUCACCAACAUCUCCAAAACCCAGUGCUGGUGCCCAGUUCCUGCCUGGCUUUUUACUGGGGGAUAUACCAACACCUGUAACACCACAGCCACGUCCAUCCUUAGGGGUUAUGGAAAUGCGGUCACCUUUAUUUUCAGGUGGCUCACCCCCUCAACCCGUAGUUCCUACUCAUAAAGACAAGAGCGGGGCACCACCUGUUAGAAGUAUAUAUGAUGACAUUGCAAGUCCAGGUCUUGGUUCUACACCUCUGAAUGCAAGGAAGACGGCCAACUUUUCUGUGUUGCACACUCCACUUUCUGGAGUUAUGCCGUCAAGUCCAGAAAGUAGAAAUUUCUCUGGCAGCAGAAAAAGGGCAGCUUCAAGUGUCUUUAGUCCUGCAACCAUUGGACAAAAGAGAAAAAACACCCUAUCCCCUGCUCAGAUGGAUCCCUUUUAUACACAAGGUGAUGCCCUGACUUCUGAUGACCAGCUGGAUGAUACUUGGGUGACUGUAUAUGGGUUUCCACAAGCUUCUGCUUCCUAUAUUUUACUACAGUUUGCACAGUAUGGGAACAUCAUAAAGCAUGUGAUGUCAAACAAUGGUAACUGGAUGCAUAUACAAUAUCAGUCAAAAUUACAGGCCAGAAAAGCACUCAGUAAAGAUGGAAGGAUUUUUGGCGAAAGCAUAAUGAUUGGAGUAAAACCUUGUAUAGAUAAGAGUGUAAUGGAAGCCUAUGAAAAAGUAACAACACCUUCUGUGUCAUCAGUCUUCACACCACCAGUAAAGUGCAUAGGGACUCCUACACAAUCUGCUGGCACUCCAAGAGCCGCAUCCAUGAGACCCCUUGCUGCUACUUACAAAACACCUGCUAGUGCAGAUUAUCAGGUUGUGACUGAUAAACCAGCUCCUCGAAAGGAUGAAAGCAUUGUAUCAAAAGCAAUGGAGUAUAUGUUCGGCUGGUAGCAUUUUCCCUUCUGCUCUGCCUGCUGCCAAGGUCCUUGGUUAGUUGUAUAACCAUAAAUGACAGACCGCUAGUGCAGUGGAUUUUGCCUUAUAAUCCCCUGCUGAAAUGAGCUUUGGCUUGUACGCUGCUUUUCCUGUAUAAAUAUGUAGAUAUAUAAAAUCUCUGUAUCAUACUUUACUUUUACAAAGUAAUUGUCGUUCUUUUGAUCAUGUCCAAACUCUCACGAAGAUCUACAUACAUGAUCACAUCCAUUUCCUUAAUAUCCAAAUUCCUUUUAAUCUGCUUCUUGGUCCCAGGCUGGUUGCCAAUGCACCAUUACAUUUAUAUGGUCUUCAGUUAUGGGAACUUAUGUGGCCAGCCUUUAUCAUUCUCUUAUUGAUUUAUGGCCAUUUAUCUGAUUGAUUUUAAGUUUGGAAACUGUCAUUUAACACAAGUGUCUUCUAUUACUGUCAUCUUUUAAUGUUUUAUCCUGUUUUCAAAUAAAUUUGGUUAAAUUGUA